CCCAAACAAUGCUACUCUCCACCCUCCUAAAAUAAUCAGGGACUCCAAGAAGUCUGUGUUCACGGGUGGGAGUUCAGUAGCAGCUUUUAGUAGCACCAUGAACACUGAAAUAUUCAUACAGUAUAUUCAUACAGUAUAUUCAUAUCUGUAACAGCAGCAGCAACCCCAGUGCCAAGAGCUCAGCUGGGAUAAAGACUUCUCUUCAGUGCUGGGGCAUCCCCUCCCCUUCUCUGUUGUGUGACUGAGCUGAUAAUGCGCUAUCAGAGCUAGAAGGACGCUAUAUAGAGGGGCUCCCCUCUCCACCCUCAGCAACACUGCAACUGCAUGCUCUUUUGGGAUCAUCUUGGUUCACUAUUGCUGCUUCUACUUGGUUUGCUGUCAUCAGGAUUUCCUUCAGAUUUUCCCCAAAAGGAUCCUAUACAUCACCCAUAGGACUGCACUGUAACGAGAGUUUGUUUUUUCCCUUCAAAAUUGUUGUGAAAAAUGAACGGUCCAGCAGAUCUCUCAAACCUACUCUUCAACUGCUCAAAUCCAUCAAAUUUCUCUUUGGAAACCUCAGAGCAAUGUGGCAAAGAGACACACCUUGAGAACAUCCUUUUUGCAACUUUCUACUUCCUGGAUUUCAUCCUGGCUUUUGCUGGCAAUGCCCUUGCUCUUUGGCUCUUCAUCUGGGACCAGAAGUCAGGCACACCUGCCAACAUCUUCCUGAUGCAUCUUGCUGUGGCUGACCUGUCCUUUGUGCUGGUACUUCCUACCCGGCUGGUGUACCAUUUCUCUGGUAACCACUGGCCAUUUGGUGAGAUCCCAUGCAGACUCACUGGCUUCCUUUUUUACCUCAACAUGUAUGCCAGUAUCUACUUCCUGAUGUGUAUCAGCGUUGACCGCUUCCUAGCCAUUGUGCACCCUGUGAAGUCCAUCAAGCUCCGGAGGUCCCUUUAUGCCCAUUUGGCAUGUGCCUUUCUAUGGGUUAUAGUUGGGGUUGCAAUGGCACCUCUGCUGCUCAGUGUGCAGACAGUUGAGAUGGAAAAUACAACUGUCUGCCUGCAGCUCUACAGAGAAAAGGCAUCACGUCAUGCCCUUGUGUCCUUAGCAGUGGCAUUCACCUUCCCGUUUGUUACUACAGUGACUUGCUACUUAUUGAUCAUCCGAAGUCUGAAGAGUGGGAACAGAGUGGAGAAACACCUGAAGGAAAAAGCUAUCAAAAUGAUCAUCAUGGUCCUGCUGAUCUUUCUGGUUUGCUUUGUACCUUAUCACGUCAAUCGCUACAUUUACAUUCUCCAUUACAACGGAACCAAAACUUCCUGUGAAACGCAGCGUAUUCUAGCCCUCAGUAACCGCAUCACUUCCUGCCUCACAAGUUUAAAUGGUGCCUUUGACCCAGUCAUGUAUUUUUUUGUAGCUGAGAAAUUCCGUGAGGCUUUGUGCAAUCUGUUUUGUGAUAAAAAGACUGCAAUGUUGCCUCAAACAUACGAGGGUAAGACAAAUGAAAGCUCACUAAGUGCUAAAUCUGAACUGUGAACACAACUCUUGUCACCGCUUCAACUUAAGAAUGCUCUACUCUACCAGAACCAGCUGAGAGCGCAAGUAUGCAGUGAGAUAGUACACCCGGAGUCAAACCCACCUUGAGGAGGGAAGUUCUGUUGUUUUUAUGGGACUGCAAUUAGCAAGAACCACUCUGACAACAGAGGUUGCGUGGUUUUGUCUUACUGAAACUGCAAACACACGUACAGUUCUACUGAUUUCCAAGAUGUGAAACUGAGGGCUCAACACUUAGGAACAGGGAAGGAAGCAAAGAAGAUAUUAAACUCAUAUAUUUAAAACCAAA